CGUUUGUAGAAAUAAAUAUGGCGGCGGCCGCAUCAGCUGGCAAACAGACCGGCCAUCCGGCCUCGCCGGCUCCUACCGCCACCAAAACCCGAGUGAUCGCCGCCAGUCCACGGCUGGAGAAAAUUCUGACGGAAAACGGCGAGGAAAACAAGAGUGGAAGACAAAAUCUGACCAAGCAACUACCAGGUGCCAACGGUCCCGGCAACCGAUACGCGGACGUGACCCCCCAACCGUUUUCGAAGAAGUUGCUACUGCUCACGGAGGGGCACAAAUCCCGCUCAGAAAAGAAAUCCCGCUUACAGAAACUGGUCUUUGGUCGCAAAGGUAAGCUAGAUAUUCAUGUUAAAAAGCCAAACGGGACAGAAAGCAAAAAGGGCGGCCCAGGAUCCGAAAAAGUCGACGAUCCCACACCCCCUUCCGGUGUAUCGAAUCAUGAUGUAAACAAGGUCGAUAAAAUCAGUAAUGAGAAGGGGAAGGUUCCUGAAGUACCCAAUUCUUCCUCUGACUGUACAAAAGAGGAUGGCAUUUUUAUACUUCCAUCCAAACAGAAAGUUCCAUUCUACAACACAGGCAAAAGGGAAAGAAAGAGUGACCAGUACUGAGCAAGAUACCGAACUUUCUAGGCACAGACAUGUCAGCGAGUCAACUGUUUUGAGUGAGCCUCCAACUAUCAUAAUAGACUCGAAUCAGGACCUAAAGCCAUCUGGGAAAGCCAGGAAGGUUCUAGGCUAUGUGUCACCAUUACCCGAACCGUUUCCGAAGAAGGUUGACCAAUCAGAGAGAUCGGUAGAUGUUAGUGGCUUGGACGAGUCAACUUGGAGUCUGUCGCUUGAUGACAGUACGUUUAACAACAGCAGUGUGCUGAGCAAGAGCUUUCGGGAGAAGUUUAGCACGCCUGCAUCGGUGCGGAAGUUCGCUAGGAGUCAUCUGGCAAACAUUUUCGGCGUUACGCCUCGUAGCCACAGCAAGGGCACAGAUCGCAAGAGACCUGCCAUCGUGCACCUGCACAUCCCUUCAGACGUUGACGUCGAAGGGAAUGAGACUCAUAGCGAAGAAACAUCUUUUGUAAUCGCAGAAGCUUUGGAGAAAGUUGUUCCAAAGGAUAUCACAAAUGCUCCGCCAAAGUCAAAGAGAGGGUUGAAGUUCGAUGGCAAGGCAAACAAAGAGAUGGAAAGCUCCGACCAAAACAGGUGUGCAGGUGUCGUCCCCCAGAAAGAGAGCACUUUACGAGCACCAAAAGAAGUGGCGUCCUCUGAAGAAGGGCCUGUCACUCCGGCCAAUAGGGCUGUCAGGUCGCGACAUGUAAGUACACCCACUACACCACGUUCAGCAAGGCCAACAGGGAUCCCAACCCCUGUGAAGAAGAGAUCGCAAUCAGCAACCCCACAGAAGUCAAACACUCCAGGCACACCUGCUAAAAGGGAUGCCAAUCUGGUACAUUCAGGCAAUGCAACUACUGGGACCACUGAUGGGAGUGUAAAGAGUGGGAGGGUCCUCGGCAGUGCAACGGCAAGCCAGCACAGCACACCCAAGAAGGUGAGCAUUGCACCAUCCCUGAAACCUUCGCUUGCCAAUGGCAAGCCAAGGACCACAUCAAUAAGUAAGGGUCCCAAAAUUGGCCAAGCUACCAAGCCAGGACAACCUGUGAAGAAAGUAAGCCAGGAGUCAAAAGUUCGAAAGGAAAGUGGGAAAACAAAGCCUACACAGAGCCAAAUACAACCACCUGCAAAGCCACAGACAGAAAAACCAGCUACGCAUGCUAAGCGGCGGCCAAGGGCAGCAAGACCUAAAACAAUGGUCAUAAAUAGUAAAGAUAUUGUGGAUAUACCUUUGAGUAAAUCCAACUCACAGCCUGACCUCACAAUAGAAGGUACCAAUGGAACAGAUGCUAUCAUCGCCAAUAGCAAGCCAGCAAAAGAAGAGGAAUCCUCAUCUAGUGACACAAAGGAGAACAAAGUGUUAGAGCACCAAAAAGCCUCAAAGCCAGCUAAAAAGGAUUUGUUAAAA